GACUCUAAUACAAACCAACAUGUCCGCCGCGCUUCGCGACUGCCUGAUCCAAUGGUUGGACACAAAUUCCGUGGCACAGGAGCUCGAUGCCUUUAUCAGGCAGCAUGCCGCCCAGUUCGAGGGGUCGGAGGAGCAGUGCCAUGGAGGCUUCGAGACCUUCCAGCGCUACGAAGCUUUGGUGGAUCGCCUGUUGAACGAAUUCCUGGAGGAGCACCGGAGAGACCUUCACCUCGCCGGGAUCGAAGGGUCCUCCUCCGUGCGGCGUGUCUUGCGCGCCUGGGCGGAGGAGGGUGGUGGGUGCCACUCGCAAGGGCUGGAGGCGUUAAUGAGGGUGACCUGCUACGAGGAGUACCUGGAAGCCUCCAUGUGCGCGCAACGCGCCGCAGAGCUGAAGGCCAAAGAAAUGCUUCAGCGCCUGGCGGUGCAAGUGGCCGGAGGCCUCGCAGCCGCUGACCCGGACGCGCGCCUCGAAGCGGCGACGACAGGGUCGCCUGCCUUCGUGCCACCUCUGAGAGGGCCGACGGCGACCGCUAGCCCGCCGUAGCUGUUGCAAAAGUCAGCUGGGCGCAAGUAGAGUCGGGG